AUGGCCAAAACAGCAAAAGUCAAGAAGCGCCAAGUCACCAUCCACUCGCGCGCCGCGCGCCGCGCCGCCUCGCCCUCCCUCGACCUGCCCAAAUCCGCCCAAAAGCCGGCACACACAACACGGGACUCAGCCUCGCCAUCGCGACCAUCCUCCAUCAACCCGCACGCGCUCGCCGCCAAAGACGCAGGCAUCCAGAAGCGCCAGAAAAAAGGCACAAACAUGACGCGCGCGCAGCGGCUUCGCCACCAAAAGGGCCUUGAGCGUGCGGAAGAGAAUAUGGAUAAGUUGGCGAAUAAGCGGCUCAAGAGCCUGGGCAAGGGCAGGAAGGUGACGGAGAGGGCAAAGGGGUGGGAGGAUAUUAAUGGGGAGGGGGUUAAGAAGGUGAAGAAGGGGGGGAUGUUGGCGGAUGGGGAGGGUGUGGAAUUGAAGAGAGGGGACAGGGAGUGGGGAGGCGAUGAGGAUAUGGAUGAGGCGAGUGAGGCCAAGGAGGUGGGUGCUACGGUAGCGCAGAGUGUAGCUGUGCCAGAAGAGGUGGAUGAGAUGUUGUAAGCGCUGUUUUUUUUUGGGGAGGGGGGAGGAAGUCGACGUCAUGAUAAACCAAAAGCACGAUACCCAGAAGAAAUGAAUCAAUGUGUUGCUC